AUGGCUUCAUGCCUGGAUAGUUCAAAAGCCCAGUCGAUAGGAUGCGAUACAGAGCCCAUUUGUGCUGUAGAGGCAAAGAAGUCUCGAGUCGAGAUAAUCAAGGUAGAUACUGUAAAGGCCUUGAAGCACCAAGAUAUUUUCCAACAAUAUUACAACUCCGAGAUCCAGGAGGAAGAGGAAGAGGAUGAGGAUGAAGAAGAGGCCAGCGAGGAAGAUGGGGACCUCUGGAAACGAAGAUCAAGUUGA